GCAGCUUUUGUGUUCAAAAUGGCACAAAAAGGAGCUUGGACAUGCUUGCACCAACGUCUUUUCAGCCCUCCUUAUUCCAGGCAUACCUCUUCUGUUUCUUAAGAUUGUUUGGUUUGCUUCUGCUUCUGCAGCUCGCAGUUGAAAUCAGAUGUUUCAAGCUGUGGAAGAGAAAUGUCACCAACUGAAUGUGAGCCUGAGUGCAACAGGCAAAUGCUUGAACUCUCAAUAUUUGAACUGAGAAAUACUGUAACAGAACUGGAAAAAAGACUUAGCAGUGUUGAAGAUGAAGGUAAUGAAUGGAAAACCAGAUAUGAGACACAAGUAGAACUGAACAAACAGCUGGAAAGGCAAAUUAAUAUUCUUCAAGAAAAGAUGGAGCUUAUUCGUGGAAAUCCAGCAGAUAAAUUGUCCAUUGUUCGCACCUUUGAUCAAAUGCCUGUGGGUUCCUUAAAGGAGGUUCUUAAACAACUAGAAGAAGAGAAGAAAAGUCUCCAGAAUCAGCUAAAAGACUAUGAACUUAGACUGGAACAAGAAGCAAAGGCUUACCACAAAGCUAAUGAUGAGCGGCGCAUGUACCUCUCAGAGAUCUUACAGACCUCAGCUACACUUAAAAUUGUUGAAAGGCAAAAACCAGAUGCUCUGACAGGCAAGGGAGAAAACCAGAUACUGAGAGCAAGAUACAGUGUUGCACGAAACCCGAAGAUGGUUAAUCCUCAAAAAGGAUCGAUUAAAAAGACUGUAGGAGUGAAGCAGCUUCCAAAACUAAAGCACUGA